CGGUCCAUCUUGUCUCGGUAGGGUUCUGCCCAGGCGCCGCCCGCUCUGCUCUGACCAGCUGUUCUCCGCCCCGACCAGCUCCCUGCACCUCUCCACGCCCCGACCGCAGCCGCCACCCCGCCGCCGCCCACCGUCUGCCGCCCCAUCCCCGCUGCCGCCGCUGCUCGUCCGCCCCGGCGCCCCGCCCGCUGUCUCUGCCCAGUCAGGCGCUCGCCCGCCCGAGCUGCGUGGCUGCGUCCCGUCCGCCCCCCGCCCUCUACAUAUCCUCGUCCGGUCUGUCCCGCCGAGCCCGGCGCCGUCGGCCGUCCCCUGGCCAUCCUCCGCCCCGGAGCUUUCUCUGAAGUUUCUCAACUUCGACAUGACUGGGUCUAGGAAGCAGGAGCUCAACUCUAAGAAAAAGCUCGAGAAGAAGCUUAGCUUCUACACAAAAGUGAAAGAUACGGUUACUUCCCUAAACGCUAAGAAGGCUAUCAGUAAGAAAAAGAAACAGAGGAGCCGUCAGAAGAAAUUGAAAGCAUAUGAUUUCUCAGAACUUUCUGAGUUCCUCCCUGAAACAACUAGCUCACAGAAGCAGACUGAAGUAAAACUGAACUGCAAAUCUAAGCAGGCUUUAGUGCAACGGGAAUCUGCUCAACUAAACGCUGUACUGAACAAUCCUCAGUUCCAGUUAGACCCAUUUGCGGCAAUUCAUCAGCAUCUGGUAUUAACACAACCACCUUCAUCCAUUAAAGAAGAUGACCCUGCAAAGAUUGGGAAGAAAUCUAGGAAGGACAAGAAAAGGAAGAAAAAGAAGAACGGCGCUUUGUCGGCCACCGAGUCAAUGUAUAUCUGAUAUUACCAACUAUAACUAUCUAAUGAAAUGAACGCAGUUAUUUUUUUAA